UAGCGCAGACCGUCGAAGAGCGAAAGUGUUAUCAGUAGGCUUCAGCAGAUGGCCUCAUUUGUUUUGAUUUUCUAUUUAUUUUAUUAGAUAAUUACAUUUAAUUCAGUGAAAAGUGCCUUAAAUCUACAUAUUUACAUCCAACACCACGAAGUGAUUAUCGUGAAAUCUUUACAGUGCCCCAUUUCUAGUUGAAAAUGGCAUCGUAUUUACAUCCUAUUUAUAGUUGGAUCCAGUCACCAUUUUUUUUCUGAAACUCAAUUUCUCACAAUUUCUACUUUGAGGUCUCAAUAUUUCCAUUUUAUUACUCUUCUGUAAACUUCGCUCAGCAUGGAAGAUAUUUUUCACUGGUGCCGGAGUGGAAAUGCUUUGCAAGUCAGAGUCUGGCUAGAUGACACUGAAAAUGAUUCGAAUCAAGGAGAUGACCAUGGUUUCAGUCCGUUGCAUUGGGCUUGCAAAGAGGGUCACCUCAAAAUUGCUGAGCUUUUGAUACAAAGAGGUGGCCGUGUGAAUGCCACCAACCGUGGAGAUGACACUCCUCUACAUCUUGCUGCUGCUCAUGGGCAUGAAGAUAUCGUGCUCUUGCUUUUACGCAACAGAGCGGACAUCAAUUUCACAAAUGAACAUGGAAACACUGCCCUUCAUUACGCAUGCUUUUGGAAUUACGAAAGAUUAGCAGAGGAGCUCAUAACUCACGGAGCUCUUAUUUCUUUGGCGAAUAAAGAUGGAGAUACACCACUAGACAAAACCAGAGGUCCAUUGGCGAAGCAUUUGCAUGAUCUAGCUGUUGAACUUGGUCAAGACACAAAAAAGAUAAACUUCAAAGAUCAGAGUUGGUUAGGAUUGAAAACGAGGAGCCGGGAUGCUUCCUUAUCAAGACACAAAGGUAUUAGUUUAUAUGAGUUGUCACUGCACACAAAGUUGGCAAUUACGCACAGCGGAGAAACAUGGAGGGGUCGUUGGCAAAAGAACGACAUCGUUGCAAAAAUACUAGCUGUACGCAACUGCACCUCCAGGCUUGUGAGAGAUUUCAAUGACGAAUUUCCUAAAUUGAGGAUAUUCUCGCACCCGAACAUCUUGCCAGUCAUUGGUUGCUGUACUGCUCCACCGCGUUUGGUGGUUAUCAGUCAAGAUAUGCCAAAUGGAUCGCUCUAUUCACUGCUGCACAAGGGUGGAGGAGUUGUUGUUGAUUCGGCUCAAGCUUUGAGAUUUGCUGUUGACGUAGCCAGAGGAAUGGCUUACUUGCAUAGUUUGGACCGCAUUGUUCCCCAGUACCAGUUGAACAGCAGACAUGUCAUGAUUGACGAAGAUCUGACUGCCAGGAUUAACAUGGCUGAUGCUAAGUUUUCUUUCCAAGAAAGAUCGCGGGUAUACUAUCCGGCUUGGAUGUCACCUGAAGCUUUGCAGAAGAAGCCCAGUGAAAGAAACUUAGAGGCUAGUGACAUGUGGAGUUUUGCUAUCCUCCUGUGGGAGCUGUCAACAAGAGAAGUACCUUUUGCGGACCUCUCACCAAUGGAAAUUGGCAUGAAGGUUGCACUGGAGGGUCUGAGAAUCACAAUUCCGCCUGGCAUCUCUCCUCACCUAUCCAAAUUGAUUCGUAUUUGCAUGAAUGAAGAUGCUGGUAAAAGGCCAACAUUCGAUCAGGUGCUUCCAAUUUUAGAUAAAAUGAAACGAUAAAAUCCUAGUCACUCUGCUACAGAAACUGCGCACUAUCAUCCUUUAAUACUCAAACUUGUUAAGUUAACUCUGUAUUAUUGUCUACUAAGUCUCACCCUUGUAUUUGAUGGAACAAAAAAAGUUUUACGAUACAAUGAAUUAGAACCAUGAAUAUUUGAGCAUCGCAAGGAUCUUGAGUCAUCCAUUUUCUUGAGUUCUGUUCAGUGCAUGAAUUUACACAUUACCAUGUAUUUUUUGCAUAAUUGAAGUAUUAAGUAGUUAGAAGAAUUUUUUACUAAUAAUGUAGCUUUCCAUGAAAGUUAUAAGUAAAAGUUGUGACUCAUUCGUUUAGCCAUUCUAAGCAGUUGACAUGGCUACAAUUUUUUGUGAGUUCACAUUUUACAGCCUAUAUGAAUUCGUCCAUUUGAGUGUAAACUGCUCUGUUGAUCACCCUAGUUCAUGACUUCAAACCGUGACGUACCCAUCUGUGUAAGGUCUCUUCCAUAAACAGUACAAACUAUUUUGAUAGUCUGAGCUACAUGAAAUGAGUGAAAAACUAAUCACAAGUAUGUAAAAUGUCCUGAUCUUUCACUGUUAAAAUAUUUCACCACACCAUUUUCAUCGAGCAAUGGUGCGAUAAGUGGCUUCCAUAAUUUUGUGUUUGCAAUCUGUAAUUGAAGUAUGUUUUACUAAAUUUAGAUUAAUUAUUUUAUUUAUUAACUAUUUGCACAAAAACUUAUUUAACGUGUAUGUAGUUUCUCUUUGUAAUGAGCUGUUAUUUCACAAGGCCUUGAACUGUGCACAAUUAGUGAGCUUGUAGCCGUAGCUUCAGACAGAAAUCGUUUAUAGUUAUUGAUAGCAGAGGCUUAUGUAAUUCUCGUUUUUGCACCAAAAAUAGUAGGACAAUUUUAUGUUUUAUGUUCCAUUUCAAAGUGCCAAAUUUUUGAGUGGUACUGCAUGAUGGCUUUCUACAAAAAUCCUGAAAGUGACUCAUUUUCUAGAAUGCUACAUUUUACAUCUUAAUUCAUUCAUAAAAGGGAAGUUAGCUGACUAUAUUCUCCUAAAUUUUACACUCAGCAUGAAGCUUGAGAAAUUAGAAGCUAUAUUUUUCACUGAUUUCCUAUGUUGAAGUCAGAUUUUAUCAGACUGUCUCAGGGAUUUUCGGAGACAUUAUCUUUGUGCAAGAUUUAAUGUUAACCUAUCUAACUACACGUGUAGUUAUCAAGCAUUGCUUUAUAUAGGUCAAGUCAUUCAUAUGUAGCUCAGGAGCAUAAAAGUGAUAGCAAUGGGUGGUCACUUAAAAGUAGGCUAGCUCUGCCAUGCUAAAAAAAAAAAAAAAAUCCAUGCCCAAUUUCCUCUGAUAAAAUAGAUCUCUAGAAAAGUAGCGUUUUCAUGAGAAUUUAAUCUAGUGCGAGUUAAAAUUUAAAGGUGAAAUCCUUGUAAAUUGUCCAAGAAAUAACUAUUUCAUCAAGGGAUUUUAGGCAACAUUGGAAUGUUCAUGCAGCGUU